CAGAUUUCUCCUUUGGUUCCUCUGGUCUUCUUCUUUGUUUUUAUCCUUAUUCUAAGCCUAACCGUCUUUUUAUUUCUGUCAAUCACAAAAAUUCAAACUCUAGGCCCACGUCCACUUUUAAGACUUCAUUUUUUUUUUUUUUUUUUACUUCUUGCUUUUGGUGUUCCUUUUUGCUUUACGGUUGCUGUUCAGAAAUAAUUGGGGAGAUUCAUCUUCUGCAGAUUGACCACGAUGACUGUAAUUUCCGAAUUUCCGUCCGUCCGUCCGCUGGAUUCGAACUGCUCCGACUCAUUCGAGACCAACUCCUGCUUGAAGGAAGCAACAGGAGGAUAGAUGCCUAAAUUUUGGAGUGAUUUGAAUAAAGAGCAAUGGAUGGUGGUAUUGAAUCUUUUCGAGAAAGCUUUUAAGUUAACAGAGCUGGGGAGCUGCUCUUGGAAAAGUCUUCAGAGAGAUGGUACUGGAUCCUGACAGAUCUGUGGAGGUCUUGAACCUAAAUUGGAUCUGAAGUUUCCAUUAAUGAAUCACAUUACUCAAUCAGAAAUUGAGAAAUUGAUUAAUAUGUUGGAAGGAAUUAUUAAAAAUUUGAGUUCUGAUGAUGUUCUACUGGAUAGGUUGCAACUUUGAGAAAUGGAUUGAGGCAUAAAUUUAGUUGAUUGUUCAAAAACUAGGUCAGCUUCAUGAGAGAGUAGCUUGGGAUACUUGAAUUACAUGGGCAGUGAAUUGGAAGGGUAUUAAGGACACUGAAGUAGAAUUUCUUGGCUUUUCUUGGCUUGGUUAUGAUCGUAAAGGAUAAGGUUAAACAAGAAAAUCGAUUGUUUACUUGGAAGACAGCUUAUAAAGAAAACAGGAUCGAAAUCAUCAGUAGUCUGGUUGCUAUGAGAAAUUGGGUGUUUUACGUUGAAAUUGAACUAUACAGAUUGGUUUUGGGUCUUGAGUUUAAGACACCCUGGAAAUUGACAUCUGCACUGAAGUCAUUGAAGGAAAGCAAAUAAGGGUUUGGAAAUUUACAUCUGCACUAAAAUAAUUGAAGGAAACCAUGGAAUGCUACCAUCUGUUGUGUCUGGGGUACUUAAAUGCACCUAGUGGAGGCAUCAGAAUCUAGGGAUGGGAUGACAGAUUUGGAUGAAAUGAGUUCUGUUAUAAACUUGUAAUGGAACCCAUCCUUGUUAUUGUUUCACAUAUGGAUACCAUAUGGAGCACCUUCGUUUCUCCUGCUAAUAUAAUAAGCUGGAACAAAUUAAAUGCUCAAGAAACUUAUGGAGGAUAUUGGGUUAACACUUAGAGAGGUUGAUCCAAAGAUGCAUGGAUGAGAAAGUUAUGGAACAGGGACCUCAAUGCAGAUAAGUGAAAGUUAAAACUCCUAUAGACAUGUUCUACCAUUUGCAAUCAAAUUGGUUAGGUGGUUUGUAUGUGCAGCUGUUUGGAUGUGCAGGUGUUGAGGAUGUUUCGACAUAUUGCAGAACAUUGGAAGAUGAGUAGUAUUAGCUCAAUAAGCUUGAUUUGCUGGUAAUUGACUGUAAUUAUAUUCUGCUCUGAAUGUCCUUAACUAAAGAGGAAAAUGACAUUGCUGACUUGCUGUCUUCCUUGUUGAAGAGGACAGGCCAAUUAGAGAGAGAAGGAAAUGAAAAGAUUAGAUUUGUGGGCUCGGUGAAAAUGCUCAACUCUCAGACAGAAGUCUAACUUCAAGCCUUUUCUUUAAUUUGAUAAGAAUUGAGAGCUCAAGUAUGGUUGCUAUUUCAGCUUUAAGAUAUGAUUAUGCUGUGUGAUUUUUGAGAUGCCGUACCUUCCUUUCAGAGAACAAUUCUGAGCUCACAGAAGAAGCAAUUGCUUUGAUUUGAAGUGCGGUGUUGAAAACUACCUGUAUCCUAUUAUAUGUAUACAAUUUCUUAAUCAAUCAAUGAAUUUCGA